ACCUACUUCUCGCCGGCUGUUAUCGCGACCUGACGGCCGGGGCGGCGCCCUGGACCCCGCACGUGUUUCCUGAAGUAAGCCGCUCUCCGCCGGCUGUCUGGCCAUCGCCUCGCCUCCUCUGGGUGUCUGAGGCCGUGCGGAGACGGGCGUCUUGGGGUGCGGUGAGUGUACGCCAUGGGAAAGGCCAAGGCGGCCGGGGCGCGCACGAAGGCCCCCGCGGGAGCGCGGGGCGGCCGGGCGAGGCCCAACCCCAAUCCGUUCGAAGUGAAAGUCAACAGGCAGAAGUUCCAGAUCCUGGGCAGGAAGACGCGCCACGACGUUGGGCUACCCGGGGUGUCGCGCGCACGGGCCAUCCAGAAGCGAACCCAGACUCUACUAAAGGAAUACAAGGAAAGAGAGAAGUCCAAUGUGUUUACAGACAGACGGUUUGGGGAGUACAACAGUAGCAUGAGCCCAGAGGAGAAGAUGCUGAAGAGGUUCGCUCUGGAACAGCAGCGACAACAUGAAAAAAAAAACAUCUACAACCUAAACGAAGAUGAGGAGUUAACUCACUACGGCCAGUCUUUGGCAGACAUCGAAAAGCACAAUGACAUCGUUGACAGUGACAGUGACACCGAGGAGCGAGGAGCGCUGUCUGCCGAGCUGACAGCGGCUCAUUUCGGAGGCGGCGGGCUCCUUCAUAAGAAGACAGCGCAGCUGCCAGGCGGAGAUGGGGAGAGACCCAAAUCACGCAGAGAACUGAUUGAGGAGCUCGUGGCGAAGUCAAAGCAAGACAAGAGGGAGAGACAAGCUCAGCGAGAAGAUGCCCUGGAGCUCACAGAGAAGCUAGACCAAGACUGGAAGGAAAUCCAGGCUCUCCUGGCACACAAGGCGCCCAAGUCGGAGAACAGAGACAAAAAGGGGAAACCUGAGCCUGAUGCAUAUGACAUGGUGGUUCGUGAGCUUGGCUUUGAAAUGAAGGCACAGCCCUCUAACAGGAUGAAAACGGAAGAGGAGCUGAUCAGGGAGGAAGAGGAGCGGCUCAAGAACCUGGAGGCUGACAGGCUCCGAAGAAUGCUUGGAAAGGACGAGGAUGAAAACACCAAGAAACCAAAACACGUGUCUGCAGAUGACUUAAGUGACGGCUUCAUACUAGACAAAGACGACAGGCGUCUGCUUUCUUACAAAGAUGGAAAAAUGAACGUCGAAGGAGAGCAAAGCGAGGCAGCCAGUGAUGGUGAGAGCGCAGAGGAAGAGGGCGCGAACUCGAGCGAGGGGGACACAGAGGGCAGCAGUGGCUCCGACGGCCACUCGGACCUGGAGCCCGACGCAGACAGCGAGGAAGAAAGUGAGAGGCCGAAGUGGGGGCAGCGGCGGGCUCCCAGGAACAGGUCGACGAGCGGUGAUCUGGAAGCUCGAGAAGCUGCAAGAACUGAGCUGCCCUAUACGUUUGCAGCUCCAGAAUCCUAUGAAGAGCUGAAGUCUUUAUUAUCAGGAAAAUCAGUGGAAGAGCAGUUUUUGGUGGUGGAGAGAAUUCAGAAAUGCAACCACCCAAGUCUCGCCGUGGGAAACAAAGCGAAAUUAGAAAAACUGUUUGGCUUCCUUUUGGAAUACGUUGGCGACGUGGCUACAGACAACCCACCAGACCUCCGAAUAAUUGAUAAGUUGGUUGUGCAUUUAUAUAACCUGUGCCAGAUGUUUCCUGAGUCUGCAGGUGACUCCAUAAAGUUUGUCCUCCGAGAUGCCAUGCACGAGAUGGAAGGGAUGAUUGAGGCGAAAGGUCGAGCCGCGUUUCCGGGGUUGGACGUGCUCAUUUACUUGAAAAUUGCUGGGAUGCUGUUUCCGACCUCUGACUUCUGGCACCCUGUCGUGACCCCCACGCUGGUGUGUCUGAGCCAGUUGCUCACGAAGUGCCCCGUCCUGUCUCUCCAAGACGCUGUGAAGGGUCUGUUUGUGUGCUGUGUGUUCCUGGACUACGUGUCGCUGUCGCAGAGGUUCGUCCCUGAGCUGAUUAAUUUCCUCCUGGGGAUUCUUUACAUAGCAACUCCAAAUAAGCAAAGCCAAGGUUACAUUCCGGUGCACCCUUUCAGAGCACUUGGGAAGAACUCGGAACUGCUCGUGGUGUCUGAUGAAAAGGACACGGCCACGUGGCAGACGAGGAGCCUCGCCCUCCUCUGGGCAAGUGGCCUGAAAGCCCCGACAGAGACGGAGGCCAACCACACCAGGCUGUCCUGCCUGGCCGUGUGCCUGUCUCUGGUGAAGCACUGCGUGCUCAUGUACGCCACACUGCCGUCCUUCCACGACAUCACGAGGCCCCUCAAAGCCCUCCUGACGGAGCACCUGGCCGCCGGCAGUCACCCCUGCGAGCUCCAGGAGCUGUCUCAAAGCAUACUGACAGAAAUGGAAACCCACGGGACGCACUGUCAGCCGCUGAUCUGUGAGAAGAGCAAGCCGGUGCCACUGAAAAUGUUCACCCCGCGGCUGGUCAAAGUCCUCGAGUUUGGAAGAAAACAGGGAAGCACUAAGGAGGAACAGGAGAGGAAAAGGCUGAUCCACAAACACAAGCGCGAGUUUAAAGGCGCCGUCCGGGAAAUCCGUAAGGACAACCAGUUCCUGGCCCGGAUGCAGCUCUCGGAGAUCAUGGAACGGGAUGCGGAAAGAAAGCGAAAAGUGAAGCAGCUUUUUAACAGCCUGGCUACACAGGAAGGUGAAUGGAAAGCUCUGAAGAGGAAAAAGUUCAAAAAAUAAAUUAUGUUUUAUAAGUUA